AUGUACGGCCCGCUUUCAGGCUUUGGCACAUAUCCGUUCGAGCGAAACAACGGUGCCCUGGCCAAUAUCAACCACAAUGGACAGGAACGAGACGUCCCCUCUACAUGCUUGAGAGGUUGGUUACUGGAAUCGGGGAUAGCCAGGAUAGUAAACACGCCGGCGCCUGAUGCGACAGAAGCGGAGAAGGAGGCGUUGAGGGCUCUCAUGGCCGACAAAUCGGCCGUCCAAGGGACAUUGAUGUUGGACGAAGCUCGCGGGAACGCAGCGAAUAAGAAGAUACGCCUCCCCACGCCCUUCGAGAACGGUCAUGUUGUGGAUCUAUCUCGAUAUCUCGCAUACCAGCCACUGCUACGCUACGUUCAGGAACAUCACCCGGAAUAUCGUCUGGUCGACGCAGCUUAUAUGCUGGGAGAGGACCCCUGCCUGCCAGCACGUUCAACUUCAUACCGCGUCUACACACACGCCAUUUACACGGGGUUCAAGUUCUGUUCUUUACUAUAUACCCGGACUAGGAGGGAUCAGUUUGCUUUAGUAUCUCCGGCUGUAGGAAACCCCGACGGUCCCCGCGAGCUCUGCAGACUGAGGCUGUUCCUGAGCGUCAAGCUUCGGGUUCCACACCUGGAUCGACCCUUGCAACUUACGCUAGGGCUCGUUGAGUUUCUGGAGCCUGCGGGUGGGCAAUAUCCAUGGCAAUAUCGGUCAAUUGACCUCGGUCUGAGGAUAUAUCGCAAGCGAUACCAGGCACCGGUAUUCAUUCCUUUGGAGAACAUGAAAGCGUCGACGAUCGUUACAGAGAUAGAGACUCGUUCGGACGGGAUCUGCCUGGUCUCCACCUCGUGCGAGAAAGAUGGCGAAGAGCCGGAAUACUGGCUCAAUAGCGAUGAGUUACCGGGUCAGAACCAGGAUGACGGCGAUGAAGAUGAGGGCUUCUAA